CAACCAGUUUCUAUGAAAAUUUUAACAAGUCAACUAAGCCUGAAAGAAAUUCGAAAAAUCUAAAAACCAAUAUACAGAUUCGAGGCUCUCAAAAUGCCUAACGAAAAGCAGUCAAAGGUCAAGAGCUCAGUUCUACAAUUCAGCUCCGCUGCUGGCAGCCCAGAAACCAAACGCAAAAUGUUGCUAUACAAGCAGCUGCUGCAGCGUGAGAUCGUUAGGGAUAUGAGGCCUCGACAAGUCGUUUACUAUCGCCAUCCCAGCCAACAGCAGCAAGUAUUCGAUUCGUAAAAAAUACCUCUCUAGUGUUAUGUCUCGAUAGACUGGAUUCACAAAUAUUCGGCAGAUUCUCGACUUUCAUUCUGUUUUUGAAUUUCGUCAUUUUAUUGGUUUAUAAUAAACUUUUUCACCUACAAACUUAAUUAU